AUGAUAUCAGUAUUUGGAAAUGUCGCGACUGGGGUUGAUGGAACCGGGGUAGCGGUGGGCUUGAACUCAGUGAAUGCAGCUGGUGGUUCUUUUGGGCACCCGUCGAGUUCUUUUGCAUCAGUUGCUGGUGCUGGUGGGAGAGGCUUUGGAGUGUCGAGUGCUUUUGGUCUGGGUGGGUCGGGUUUUACUGAGCCGGUGCUUUCAGGACGCGCGCUUACCCAGCCGGGUAGUGCUUUUGCUUCUGAUAGAGCUGUUGGGGAUGCUUUUGGUGGGCCAAGUUCGUUUGGUCAGGUUAAUUCCGUUAAUGUGCCAUCUGCAACGGCGGGAAGUGCGUUUGGUGGGGUUGUAAGUGCGUUUGGAAGUGCGCAAUCAAGUGGAGGGGGAGGCUCUAGCCAGCAGGGAGGUGGAAACGCAUUUGGUGGUGUUGGAGCAAGUGGGGCUGGUUCUGCUAGUGUCUUUUCAAACGCCAGUUCCACCUUCCAAUCGUCUUCUUUUUCCACACUUGCGGGUAACUACAAGGCUGUUCCGCAGUUUAAGAGCGUGUUUGGUCCUCAUUAA